UCCAUUACACCACACAUUGUUGGUGGAGUUAACUUGUUUGAUGAUAUAAAAGAAGAUUUAUUUAUUUAGAGGAGAAAUGAAAAGAUGUAGCUGUUAAAGUAUAGAGCCAGGCAUAUGAAAUGAAUCAACUUGAAGUGUCACACCAAAGGCAUCACAUGCAAGAGUUUAUUACAUGCACAAUGAAUUGACACAUGUUGUGCCAGCUGCAUUAUACUAUAUAGCACUUUUUAUGUCUAUAUAGCUGGUUCAUUGAGUUUGCAUGAACCUAUUAAAAUUAAAAGCAAUAUCUCCAAAUCAAGAUGGGAUCAAAAAAAAGGCUAGGUGGUAAUGUAGUAAUGAAAACAACAAAGAGAUCAAGGAGGAAGAAGAUGGGGUAUCAUGUUUUCAAUAAUAAUAAUAAUUUUGAUCUUCAACACCAACAAGACAAAGUGAUGAAGCUGCAGAGGCUAAUCCCAGGGGCUAGCCAAUUGCCUUCACAUCAAUUGCUCCUCCAAACUGCUAAAUACAUUAUGCAUUUAAGGCUGCAAAUUCAUGCCUUGCAAGCUCUUGUUCUCUCCAUAAACACAUCACCAUGAAGCCAAUUUUGUAAUUCUUUAAUUUCUCAUCUUCAUUGAACCUUUUAUGGAUUUUUGGAAUAUAGGCAGAUGUAACUUUUUAUAGGGGCCAAGUAUUGCUGAACCCAACAUCUUAGAUUAAAAGCCUAUUAAUUUUGUUUUUGUAGUUUUAGGACAUGCAUUAAUCACUUUUAUGUUUAAUUGUAAUUCAAAACUAGCUUUUGCUGAAUACCAAUUUGUUCUUUUCUUUUUUCAUAUACAAUGGUUGUUUGAAUGUUAUGAUUCAAAACUUGUUAAAGAAUGACAAAAGUUCCACAUCGAUGGUUUAUGAGAUGGGUGGACUCCUUAUAAGUUUUGGACAAACCUCUUUCCUUUGAACUAACUUUUGGGGUGUGAGUUAGGCCGAAAAUCUAUUUUAGAUGAUAUCACGGCCCGUCUCAUCCGAUUUUGGAGUGUCAAAACCAAAAUUGACCAUGCCCACCGGAUGUUGAGGUUCCCAAAAUCAAAUUUGCCCAUGCACCAGAUGCUAAGCACUGGGCGUAGUAUCUAGAUUAGAAUUUUAUAUACAUUGUUCUUCUGAAGAUUGUAGAAUAAUGUAGUUUUGGAAUUUUAGAGUGAUGUAUUAAAAAGGACCAUUUGGAACAGUCUUAAUGUAUCUGUAGCAGUAUACCCAAAUAGAAACUAACUUAGAAGGAGAAAUCAUGCAAAUCUUUAACAGUUUUGCCGGCCUACCUCUUCAAUAUUUUAAUGGUUUUUUUCUCCUUCAGUCACCAUUUUUGUUACAUCAUCUGUUUUUUUGUUCUGCACUACAUUGACCUUGUCUUAGCAUAAUAAGCCAAUUGGCCGUUUUAGCUUUAGCUAUAUCUUAUUUCAUAAAUCAUAGUACUACUUUGUUAGUAGCAUUCUGCUUGUUGCAGAUAGACAAUUACCCAAUCAUUUUAUGAAUUACGCGGUGAAGAAGCAAAGAUUUUAACAACUUCAACCGAGCAAUGAUUCCGAGUACAAGAUGGGUAAUCAUGAGUGUUAUCUUUCAAAUGUUGCUAGUACUUGCAGGUUCAGAGAGUCUGGAAGUGAGACAAGCAUUAGUUAAGUUUAUGAACAAGAUAUCACUUGGGAACAUAUCGAAAGAAGUAAACUUUGGAUGGGAUUUAUCAUCUGAUCCAUGUACAAACAAAUGGGAAGGGAUAACUUGUGAUUCAAAAACGCAACAUGUGAAAAAUAUUGUUCUUGAUCAGAAGAAUCUAACUGGAACUCUUGAUGCUGCUUUUGUCUGUGAGGCUACUUCCCUUGCUGUACUGAGUUUGAACGAAAACGAAAUUGUUGGAACAUUACCACAAGAAAUAUCAAACUGCAGACGUCUCACACAUUUGUAUCUCCGUGGCAACAAAUUAUCAAGCAAUCUACCAAGCUCUAUUUCGCGGUUGAGCAAUUUGAAGAGGUUUGUAAUUUCAGACAAUGCCUUCUCAGGGCAGAUACCGGAUAUGUCAAGAAUCUCAGGGCUGAUAACUUUUUUGGCUGAAAGAAAUCAGCUAACAGGGCAGAUACCAGAAUUUGAUUUUUCCAAUCUUGUAGGAUUCAAUGUUUCAUACAAUAACUUAACUGGUCCGGUUCCUGAUGUCAAGGGCCACUUUAGUUCCAGCAGUUUUUCGGGUAAUCCUGGAUUAUGUGGAGUGCCAUUGCCAAGCAUAUGUCCACCCUCGCCACUGCCACCUCCCCAUCCAGUUGCUAAGAAGAGAAAAGUUUCAUACUUUAUCUAUCUUGGCUAUGCUAUUCUUGGGCUGAUUAUCAUACUUCUGCUUGUAUGGAAGUUGUUUAAGUGCAUAAGGAAGAAAAAGAGCAAUAGUAGUCCAAUGGAUCAGAACAAGACUAUCAUAAGCUCUUCUGUUGUUACAAAGACUCCUAAAAAUAGGUCAGAAUAUUCAAUAACAUCUAGUCCCGAAAACUCUAUGCUCUCAGCAUCAUUUGAAAUCCUUUCAAGUCCUCUGGCUAAUAAAUUGAGAUUCGAGGAUAUGCUUCGAGCUCCAGCUGAAUUGAUUGGGAAAGGAAAACAUGGAAGUGUUUACAAGGUCAAUGUUGAUGGAGUGACAUUGGUAGUAAAGAGGAUCAGUGGUUGGAAUAUUUCGAAAGACGAUUUCAAGAAGAGGAUGCAGAGAAUACAUAGAAUGAAGCAUCCUCAUGUGUUGCCCCUUGUUGCGUUCUACAGUUCCAAACAAGAGAAGCUAACAGUUUACAAGUACCAACAGAAUGGCAGUCUAUUCAAGCAUCUCCAUUCAUCUCAGGGCAGUAAAGUUUUCGAGUGGGCGAGCAGAUUAGCAAUUGCAGCUAGUGUCGCAGAGGCCUUAGCAUUCAUGCAUGAAGGCCUUCAGAAUGACGAUAUUCCUCAUGGAAACAUGAAAUCCACCAACAUUCUACUGAACGAUGACAUGGAAGCCUGUAUCGGCGAGUAUGGUCUAAUGCCCAACAAUCAUGACCAGUCAUUUGUUGCUCAAAGUGAUCAUAGCAUCAGAGAAGACGAUUCAGUUGCAAUUACUACGCGUAACACCUUCAAGAUGGAUGUUUAUAGUUUUGGAGUGAUUCUUCUUGAAUUGCUCACAGGGAAGCCUGUUCAGGCUAGUGGAUAUGAGUUGUCUAGGUGGAUAAAUUCAGUUGUUAGAGCGGAAUGGACUGGUGAAGUUUUCGACAAGUCCCUUAUUACAGAUGGUACAAAUGAAGAAAGAAUGAUCAAUCUGUUGCAUGUAGCUCUCAAAUGCAUUGAUACAUCACCAGAUGCAAGGCCUAACAUGAAGGAAGUUGCUUUCAUCAUCAAUUCUAUUAAGGAAGACGAAGAGAAAUCCGUAUCCGCGUUCAGCUAACAAAUCAAACACAGGGCUCCAAUCCAAAGGCCUUGAUACAAAAUUUCCUAUUUAUACUUUUUUUGUUUGGAGAAAUGCUCUAUCAUUUGAUUUGGCUACGGAGCUCCUCCACAAAUCACUCUGGUAAAUUGUUAAGUACAAAUAUUCUUUUGCUUUCUUGUGUUUAUUCAGGAUGAUAAGGUAAAUUGUUAAGAACUAAAAUACUUUUUCAAUGAA